AUGGUUGUGCAUCCGUCACACUUUAAGCGGCCUUCUUCAUUGGCUUUAAAGAGCCAAGGUGGGUUUGCGGAUUUUCAUCGUCGUUUCCCACAGCUGUGCGAAAGUUCCAAUAAUUCUCGAAGUUUGGAUCUGUCACAAACAGAGAUGUUGCAGCCCAAUUGUAGUUCUUUGCCAAUUAUUCCGAAAGGGCCUACGAAGAUAUUGCCGUUCUUGUAUCUUGGGUCUGAGAAGGAUGCAGUAGACACUGAGACCUUGGAGAAAUAUGGCAUCAAAUAUGUCAUCAACAUUAGUGUUGACUGCCCCCAGUCUGAAUGUGUGAAACAAGACGGUCAUUUUAUGAGGAUCCCGAUCAAUGAUUCUUACGGUGAAAAGUUGUUGCCGUAUUUUAACGAUGCUUUCAAAUUCUUAGAUAAAGUGUCUCAGAGCGGUUCCGUUGUUCUCAUUCAUUGUUUGGCUGGUAUUUCACGCAGUCCUACUCUGGCAAUAGCAUACGUAAUGAGGCAAAAUAAGUGGUCUGCAGAAAAAGCUUAUAGGUUUGUCAAAGAAAAAAGGCCGUCAGUUGCGCCCAACUUCAAUUUUAUGGGGCAAUUAUUGGACUAUGAGAAGCAGUUGAUAGCAAAGUGUGGGACUUUGGCAUCUUUCGCUGCUGAAGAUUCUCCUAAUAUGCCUUUUUCGUCAGGCGGGUCUGGCAAAGCUAAAAAAAGUAAAUUGGUUGAUGAAGAGUUUACUGCAAAAGUAGCGAAGCCGAGCGGUUGCAACACAAAUCCGUCAAAAGUUGAAGUUGUUCGUCCGCGUGGUCUGUGGGAAAGUGAAAUGAAGGAACCUUCAUCUAAAACUAACAUGAACGGGAAAAGGGUCAUGGAAACAACUGCAGCGAGUCUCAACGAUCACCAAAAAAACAGAGUUUUUGCGAAUUAUGUUCUUCCGAAUCACAUCGAUCGUCCGAGCGCUUUAAGUUGCUUAAAAGCUCGUAAAGCUGUGUAUAAGCCGCAGGCGGCUGAUGAAUUACCAUCUCCUUCUGCAGAAUUUUCGAAGCUCUCAUUCACCCCCUCACCAGGUGUUGAAUUGUCUGCUUCCAACCCAUUUUUUCCAUCAUGUUCGACUUCAGCUAUACGUUUGCCUUCGCCGACUGCUUCACUCUCAGCUGAGAACCCCAGUUUCCAAGGCCCAGAAUCCUUUCAGAAGGGCAUGCUGGGGAACGGUGAUAAUGAACGUUUUCCUUUUUUUUAUGAUUGUUAUUCUCAUUGUUCGAAAAGAAUUAAUUGUCUUUCAAGCAGUACUACUUUAGAAACCUCUUUAGCUUCAAGGUCUUCUCUUUUGAAUUCACUAGCCAGUGCUCCGCCUAUGUUAAAUGCUUCUCCACUUUCUAAUUCUUCAGUAAAAUCGCACAGUGAGUAUGAAUGUCAACAAGAUAGUCCCGAAUCUGGCUUUGUAGAUAAUGUGGAAGAUUAUUCCGGAAAGUCAAUUGCAGUUAAUCAAGUAAAGUUUCCUAAAGAACCGGACCCCUAUCGGGAUGCUGAUCGGGAGUCACUUGGGUCUACGGGCAGUUUAGAAAUUAUUGUUAAAUAG